GCCGCCGCCCGCGCUGAGCCGGCCCACCCCGGCUCCGGCCCCCGACCCGGGAGCUGCGGCAGCAUGAGCCAGGCCGAGCUAUCCACCUGCUCCGCGCCCCAGACGCAGCGCAUCUUCCAGGAGGCUGUGCGCAAGGGCAACACGCAGGAGCUGCAGUCGUUGCUGCAGAACAUGACGAACUGCGAGUUCAACGUGAACUCGUUCGGGCCCGAGGGCCAGACGGCGCUGCACCAGUCGGUCAUCGACGGAAACCUGGAGCUCGUGAAGCUGCUGGUCAAGUUUGGCGCCGACAUCCGCCUGGCCAACCGCGAUGGCUGGAGCGCGCUGCACAUCGCCGCGUUCGGCGGCCACCAGGACAUCGUGCUCUAUCUCAUCACCAAGGCCAAGUACGCGGCCAGCGGCCGGUGAUGCCCGGCCCGGACCCUGCGCCCAGGAGCCCGCGCCCGGGCCCGUGUCGUCUCUGCUGUACCUUU